AUGACACGCCCGGGGGCGAACUCAGUCGAGAGCAAUCGUCCCCUUGUCGGUAGGGGUAUAAUCUUCCUCCUCGGGGUGCACCAAAACGCCGAGAGAUUCCUCGGUUUCGUGAAAGUCAAGCCCCUCAUGGAUAUGCCUAAUCACGUCGAUCCCCGCGAUGAUCAACCAGCUCCCAAAGAAACUCCAGCUGAAGCCGACCAACACCUCGACGAUCUGCACCCACAACUGCCUCACGUUCCCAUCAAACACCACCCCCCCGGGAACAUCCAGCCCGCCAUACGCCGCCACCUCCCUCCGCGCAAACAAGCCCGUCAUGACGGUGGCCGCCACGCCACCAACACAAUGAGUAGCAAAGGUAUCCCCAUUGUCGACCCACCUCCACUUAUGCGCCAGCUUGGUGAACUUGAUCCUCAACGCCUGGCGACAAACAACCGCGCCGAAGACACCAAAGAAGAACGCAGCAUGUCGAUGAACCCCGCCGAGGGCGUGAUCAUCACCAACCCGGCAAUCGCCCCCAUGAACGUCGCGUCGAGUGACCACUUGCCCGAUUCGAGAAAGGUCAUCACCGACCAGGUGAGGGCUCCGGAGGCGGCGCAGAGGUUGGUCACGCAGAGGGCCAUGACGGACUGGAAGUUUAGCGCGAGGGCGGUGCCGGCGUCGAAGGCGAGCCACGAGCCCCAGAUGAUGAUCAUGCUGACCAGCUGGAAGAAGGAGUUUCCGGGACGGUGGAGGCGGAUGUGGGUCGGGGUGCGGAGGGGGGAUUUCUUGGAGCGGAAGAGGGGGUAG